AUGGAGUUUCUGCAAGGAGUUAUGGGGACACAUGAUGAAGAGACUAGAAAGUUUUUCAAGAAUUCUUCUGUGAAAUGUAUACUGUCACCUCGUUAUGCCAGCAAUAAGCUUGGAUUGGUCAAACAAAAGGUAGUUGGCACUCUCUUCACGCACCAUCAGAAGUGUGUUCUUGUAGACACUCAGACUGCUGGUAGUAAUCGCAAAGUCACAGCUUUUAUUGGUGGGAUCGAUCUUUGUGACGGCCGCUAUGACACACCUGAGCACCGGAUAUUACACGAUCUUGACACUGUAUUUAAGGACGAUUUUCACAAUCCUACAUUUCCAAGUGGUACCAUGGCUCCAAGACAACCUUGGCACGAUAUGCAUUGUAGGAUAGAUGGGCCUGCGGCAUAUGAUGUUCUCAUAAAUUUUGAGCAACGGUGGAGAAAAGCGACACGAUGGAAAGAUCUCUGGCUAGAUGAUUCUUUGUUACGGAUAGGACGUAUAUCAUGGAUACUAAAUCCAGAGUUUAAAUAUCAGAUAGAUGGUACUUUACAUGUUCCAGAGGACGAUCCAGUUGUUUAUGUUUCUAAUGAAGAUGAUCCUGAGAACUGGCAUGUUCAGGUGUUCCGUUCUAUCGACUCAGGAUCCGUGAAAGGAUUUCCAAAAUAUGUAGAUGAGGCUGAGGCCCUGCAUCUAGAUUAUGACAAGCGUCUAGUAGUUGAUAAAAGCAUCCAGACUGCGUACAUCCAGAUAAUCAGAUCUGCUCAGCAUUUCAUAUAUAUCGAGAACCAGUAUUUUAUUGGUUCUUCUUAUGAUUGGCCUGAUUAUAACGAUGCAGGAGCUGACAAUCUUAUUCCUAUGGAGUUAGCACUAAAGAUUACUAGUAAAAUUAGAGCUAAAGAAAGAUUUGCUGUCUAUGUCGUCAUACCAAUGUGGCCUGAAGGCGACCCAAAGUCUGGACCUAUGCAAGAAAUUUUAUAUUGGCAGAGCCAAACUAUGCAGAUGAUGUAUUAUGUUAUAGCACGAGAACUGAAGUCGGUCCAGUCAAAUGCGCAUCCUCUAGACUACCUUAACUUUUACUGCCUUGGUAAACGAGAGCAACUUCCAGAUGGUAUGCCAUCCACCAGCGGCAGUGCGGUAUCUGAUUCUUAUAAGUUCCAGCGUUUCAUGAUCUAUGUGCAUGCAAAGGGGAUGAUAGUAGAUGAUGAAUAUGUACUUAUGGGAUCUGCUAAUAUCAACCAAAGAUCUAUGGCCGGCACGAAAGAUACCGAGAUAGCCAUGGGUGCAUAUCAACCCCAUCAUACAUGGACUAACAAGGGAAAACACCCACGUGGCCAGGUGUACGGGUAUAGGAUGUCCUUGUGGGCAGAGCAUUUAGGCAAAACUGGAUAUGAGUUUGUGGAGCCUGCUGAUCUAGAAUGUGUCAAGAACGUGAAUGAAAUCGCUGAAGGGAACUGGAGAAAGUUCAUAGAUUCGGAGUUCUCAGAGUUGCAAGGCCACUUGAUUAAGUAUCCUCUGCAUGUAGACAUUGAUGGUAAUGUAAUCCCUCUUCCAGAUUAUGACAGUUUCCCAGAUGUUGGUGGUAAGAUCAUUGGACAUGAUUCCAAGGCUAUCCCUGAUACUCUAACCACGUAAUGUUUAAUGGCUAAUGUUAAAGUGAAAGUGUUGUACAUUGUAACUGUGUUUAUUUAUAUUCUAUUGUGAUUUUUUGUCAAACUGUUUUUUCUUUGGGGUUUCAAAAACUAAAA